AUGGCUACACCAAGGGUUGAGGUACAUUUAAACUUCUAUCUAAAACUCUACAGAAAUUCCAUCUCACAAACCCUAGCCGUCGUAACUCUUUCUCUCUCUCACAUAAGGCUCCGGCCACCACACACUGCUUCAACCACCCGGUUCACACCAUACAUAUAUCUCCGUACCCUUUUGAUAGCUAUUGUUCCUUCAAACACUCGAACUAACUUAGGCAUCGGAGGGCCUUUGGCCAACACCCCCCCGGUGUGGUCCUUUACUCCGUAUUGUUUUGCAAGGAGAAAAAGAAUUGAAAAGGAAGAUGGAAUCUUAUAUGAAUAUUCUCGUGGGAUGAAAAUCGCUCCCACAUACGCAACGAGCUUACUAUCAAAAUUUAUGCAAAAUCCAAGUCAAAUACAUUAUGGAGCAGCAAAGAGAAUAUUAAGAUACUUUCAAGGCACAAUUGACUAUGGCAUAUGGUAUAAGCCUACUACAGAUCCAAGACUAUUUGGCCAUACAGACAGUGAUUGGGCUGGAUCAAUGGAUGACAUGAAAAGCACAUCAGGCUAA